CUCAAUUUGCCCGAGGCGUCCCGAAAGAAUCUCCUACAUCCACACAAACAAUUUUUCUUUACCCUCAGUCCUGGGGAAUAAUUCUCCGCAUCCGCUAGUAUGUCGACUUCAAUCCCCGCAUCCGACCCUGCUGCCGAAACCUCUACAUCCGCAAAGUCCGGCAUUACCCUCACGUCCGAUGGGCAGCGAGUUAUACCAUCUUCUUUACGCCCAGAUGGUUCUACUAGGCGUGAGAUUCGUGUGCGGCCUGGUUAUCGUCCACCUGAGGAUGUCGAAAUUUAUAAGAACAGGACCGCAGAAGCUUGGAAGAACCGUGGUAGUGGAGGUGUGCCUGGCGCUUCAUCCCCAAGCGACGAGGAUGGGAAGCAGCCGGCUGGAACCUCUGCUUCAAGUAAAAAUGCAAAGAGAAAAGCUGCUAGGAAGAGGGCUAAAGAGAGGGUUGCGGGCGGACAACCAGAAGCGGAUGGGGGGGCAGUUGGAUCCAGCGAGAAAACGAACGGGUCCCGGAACGAUGAUCCAGCUUCUACCACUCCUACCGCUGGAGGUUCAGAGCUUGAGCAGACAAAAACUGAGCCAACUCCCGAUGAAAGAGAGAAGAUGGCUAAGGCAAUCAGAAAAAAAAUUCGCCAGGCAAAUGAACUCAAAAUUCGGAAGGAAGUUGGGGAAAGCCUGCUUCCGGAACAGUUAGAGAAGGUCAUAAAGCUUCAAGAGCUUACAAGGCAACUCGGCGCUUUGGGUUUUGAUGAGUGAGGGAUAUGAAUAACAGGGAUGGGGACAGUGACGUUUAAUUGAUCACGGCAUCAUUUUCUGAACUUCCUCAAUUCGGGUAGUGGCCAUUGCGAGAAUCGUUGGUCUCUUUUUUUUUUUCUUUUGGGCGUCUUAUUUACAUGACCAGUGUCUCAACGUUUUUGAUGGAACCUCUGGUUUACAUUCGAAUCAUGUAUAGCAACCCCCCCCCCACCGCGCUUAUGCGGUGGGGGUCCCUUCUUACUGAGUGUAUUUCUAACUACCUGUUCAUCUGUUGGUGUUUAAA